AUGAUUUUCUUCCCUCCUGCAUCUUCCUCCAUGUUCGGCGUCAAGCGACCGAGAGAGCCCUCAGAGCCCGAGGGCCAUGACUCCAAGGUCCGUCUAUCCCUCUGUCGCUCAUCCCUGUACUCACCCUCCCAGAAACACCGCCUGCGGCAACUUCCACAGUCCGCACUUCCCCCCGACCUCGAUCAGUCCCUUCGCUUCCGGGCCCCCACCCUCACCCCGGUCGACUCGUCAGACGAGGAGAUAGACGCUGAUGGAGAUGGAGAAGUUGCGCUUCCAAAAAACCUGGGGUCGGGUCCCCUGCCGACGCUACGGCUGAAUCCCGCUCACCCCAAUGGCGGGAAGCCUCCUUUAUCCAACGGCGACGACCUCUCGCCCUGGCUGUCAAACGCGAACACCAGCAACAGCAGUGUCCUGCCUUCUCCCAUCCCACACAAUCUCGUCCACCAGUCGCUCAACCUCAGCGAGUCCGCCACCGCUCCCAGCCAUGGCUACUUCCCGACCCCCCAAUCCUACCCUGAUAACCCCGAGCUCAUGAGCUCGAUGGAGGGCGUGGACUUUGACCAACUCCCCAAAAUUGCACUCCGGCUCCCCAGCCCAAUCAGCGAAGACGAGGACACCAGCGUGGCGGGCUGCCGGACCCCCAGCGACGUGGAGAUGACCUACGACUCGACCUCGACGCCGCUGCCCUUUGCUGAAGCGGGCGGGCGGCCGUGGACAGAUUCGCUCGUGAUGCCGCAGGCGGGCCGGUUGUCUGCCUCGAACUCGCCGAAGCCCUCAGAGCUACCCCGGAAGAAGCCCGUGCUGGUGAUGGGAUACCGGGCGGACUGCGACAAGUGUCGGCGGAGGGUUCCGGGGCAUUACAGCCACAUCAAGCACGACAACUGA